AAUGGCCGUUUUUGUCCCCAUUCUCAUCUCCCUUAUCGAUGCUUGCUUCACUACCGUUUCUUUCGUCCCAUAAAUUAAUGCAUCCCCAUCCAUUUCUCUUCCUCCCCAUUCCUCUUUCUCUUCCUCUUUGCUUCAGCUCACUUUCUCUUCGCUUCUCCUUGCUUCUCCUUUACUUUUCUGUCGAUUUUACCCUAAGCUUCCACAAUGCGGGAGAGGAUUCAGGACACGCUCGCCGCACACCGGAACGAACUUGUUUCUCUUCUCUCCAGGUAUGUUGCUCGAGGAAAUGGGAUACUACAGCCUCAUCAGAUAAUCAACGAGCUCGAAAAGGUUAUCGAAGAGGAUGAGAAGAUGAAGAAGCUAAAGGAUAGCCCCUUCAGCAAAGUUCUACAGUCUGCACAGGAAGCAAUUGUUCUGCCUCCUUUUGUGGCUUUUGCUCUUCGUCCAAGACCUGGUGUAUGGGAAUAUGUCCGUGUCAAUGUAUAUGAACUCAGUGUGGAUCAUCUGAGUGUUGCAGAGUAUCUCCUGUUCAAAGAAGAACUUCUGGAUGGAGAGUGCAAUGACAAUUAUGUGCUUGAACUUGAUUUGGAGCCGUUUAAUGCAACAUUCCCUCGGCCAACCCGUUCAUCAUCCAUUGGGAAUGGGGUUCAAUUCCUUAACCGUCACUUAUCUUCAAUUAUGUUCCGUAACAAAGAAAGUUUGGAGCCUCUUCUUGAUUUCCUUCGUACGCAUAAACAUGAUGGCCAUGCAAUGAUGCUGAAUGAUCGAAUUCAGAGCAUACCCAAGCUUCAGUCUGCUUUAGCCAAGGCAGAGGAAUAUCUUUCUAAGUUCCCCCCAAUGACACCAUAUUCUGAGUUUGAGUUUGAGUUACAAGGAAUGGGAUUUGAGAGAGGGUGGGGUGACACUGUAGGACGGAUGUCAGAGAUGGUGCAUCUACUCUUGGAAAUUCUUCAGGCUCCAGAUCCUUCUACACUCGAAACAUUUCUUGGCAGGAUUCCUAUGGUGUUCAAUGUUGUCAUUGUGUCUCCACACGGCUACUUUGGCCAAGCAAAUGUAUUGGGUUUGCCGGACACGGGUGGGCAGGUUGUUUAUAUACUGGAUCAAGUGCGGGCCCUGGAGAAUGAGAUGCUUCUUAGAAUACAGAAGCAAGGACUGGAUGUUAUUCCAAAGAUUCUGAUUGUUACUCGACUGCUACCUGAUGCAAAAGGAACAACAUGCAACCAGAGAUUGGAAAGAGUUAGUGGUACAGAAAACACAUAUAUCUUGCGGGUACCCUUCAGGACUAAGAAUGGAAUUCUCCGGAAAUGGAUUUCAAGGUUUGAUGUCUGGCCUUACUUGGAGACCUUUGCAGAGGAUGCAUCAAACGAAAUUGCCGCUGAGCUACAGGGUGUUCCAGAUCUGAUCAUUGGAAACUACAGUGAUGGAAAUCUUGUUUCAACUUUGUUAUCUUAUAAACUAGGAAUCACACAGUGCAACAUUGCUCAUGCAUUGGAGAAGACAAAGUACCCAGAUUCUGAUAUAUUUUGGAAAAGUUACGAGGACAAGUACCAUUUCUCAAGUCAAUUCACUGCCGAUCUCAUUGCAAUGAACAAUGCAGAUUUCAUAGUCACCAGUACAUACCAAGAGAUUGCGGGAAGCCAGAACAAUGUUGGACAGUAUGAGAGCCACACAGCUUUCACUCUUCCUGGGCUGUAUCGAGUUGUUCACGGGGUUGAUGUUUUUGAUCCUAAGUUUAAUAUUGUGUCUCCAGGAGCAGAUAUGUGCAUAUAUUUUUCAUAUUCUGACAGGGAAAAAAGACUUACAGCACUGCAUGGCACAAUUGAAGAACUUAUUUAUGGGGCUGAGCAGAAUGAUGAGCAUAUUGGGUUCUUGGCUGAUCGAUCAAAGCCUACUGUGUUUUCCAUGGCAAGACUUGAUAGAGUGAAAAAUUUAACUGGACUCGUUGGGUGCUAUGGUAAGAGCACCAAACUAAGAGAAACGGUAAAUCUUGUUGUGGUUGGUGGUUACAUGGACGCCAAGAACUCUAGGGAUAGAGAAGAAAUGGAAGAGAUUGAAAAGAUGCAUGACCUCAUUAAGAAGUACAACUUGAAUGGCCAGUUUCGAUGGAUAGCGGCCCAAAUGAACCGUGCCCGUAAUGGUGAGCUGUACCGCUACAUUGCAGACACAAGAGGCGUCUUUGUGCAGCCUGCUUUCUACGAAGCUUUUGGCCUCACUGUUGUGGAAGCCAUGACUUGCGGCCUUCCUACUUUUGCCACUUGUCAUGGUGGCCCUGCUGAGAUCAUUGAGCAUGGUGUCUCAGGGUUCCAUAUUGAUCCCUAUCACCCUGAUCAAGUGGCUGAAACUCUGAUCGACUUCUUUGGUCAGUGCCAAAAGGAUCCUAGCCACUGGGAAAAGAUAUCUGGAGCCGGGCUUAAACGAAUUUAUGAAAGGUACACAUGGAAGAUAUAUUCUGAGAGGCUGCUCACAUUAGCUGGGGUUUAUGGCUUCUGGAAGCACGUGUCUAAGCUUGAGAGGCGAGAGGCAAGGCGAUAUCUGGAAAUGUUUUACAUUCUCAAGUACCGAAGUCUGGUGAAGAACAUUCCGCUGGCUGUUGAUGAGCAGCACUGAACUACGGUAACAUGCCAAAGAAUUGAAGCCGUCUCCUUGGCACCCCUUGGUAUAUGCAUGUGUGUUGUUGAACUUGCCCAACUGCCAUAUGCAGAACAUGUUGUGCACUUGUGCUUUCUUUUCGUUUGGUUUAAGCAUGUGUUGUUAUUCCUAAUUCACUAGACUGUGUUAGAAGCCUGCUCGAACUUCAUGCUAAUCUACAUUAAAUAAGUUGAUGUUCGAGUUUUAUGGACA